GCUGCCAUCUUGCCGCGCGCGCUCGCUCGCUCCAAAACGGGGCAGGAGCCAAAGCUGGUCCUGCUCACAGCGCCUUCUCUUCCCACUGUCAAGCCUGCCCAAUAGCCCUGCCCUGGCUGGCCAGCCCCAACUCUGGGCCAAUGAACUAACCCACCCUUCCGCGCGCGGCCCGACCUUCGGCAGCGGCCCGUCGCGGUGCCGACGCCCGCGAAAAGGAGCAGCCUCCUCGCCGCCGGCCGCGAUGCCGAACGUGCAGCUGCCGCCCAAGGAGAGCAACCUCUUCAAACGCAUCCUGAAAUGUUAUGAACAGAAGCAAUACAAAAAUGGCCUCAAGUUUUGCAAGAUGAUUCUUUCAAAUCCAAAAUUUGCUGAACAUGGAGAGACUUUGGCUAUGAAAGGAUUAACAUUGAACUGUUUAGGAAAAAAAGAAGAAGCAUAUGAAUUUGUUCGUAAAGGACUUCGUAAUGACGUGAAGAGUCAUGUGUGUUGGCAUGUAUAUGGGCUCCUUCAGCGUUCUGAUAAGAAAUAUGAUGAAGCUAUUAAGUGUUACCGAAAUGCCCUCAAAUUAGAUAAAGAUAAUCUGCAAAUUUUGAGGGAUCUCUCUCUGUUGCAGAUCCAAAUGAGAGACCUAGAAGGUUACCGAGAGACAAGAUAUCAACUUCUUCAGUUGCGCCCGACACAACGUGCUUCCUGGGUUGGAUAUGCUAUUGCAUACCAUUUACUGAAAGAUUAUGAUAUGGCACUAAAACUACUGGAAGAAUUUAGACAAACUCAACAAGUUCCUCCCAAUAAAGUAGACUAUGAAUAUAGUGAACUCAUAUUAUACCAGAAUCAAGUGAUGAGAGAGGCAGAUCUAUUUCAGCAGUCUUUGGAACAUAUAGAAAUGUAUGAGAAACAAGUAUGUGACAAACUUCUUGUGGAAGAAAUUAAAGGGGAAAUACUGUUGAAAUUGGGAAGAUUAAAUGAAGCCAGUGAAGUAUUCAAAAACUUGAUUGAUCGGAAUGCAGAAAAUUGGUGUUAUUAUGAAGGCUUGGAAAAAGCUCUCCAACUUAGUUCCUUAGGACCUUUUCUCCCCCAUGGCACUUUAGAAGAGAGGCUUCAGAUUUAUGAAGAAAUUAGUAAACAGCACCCGAGAGCAAUUUCACCGAGAAGAUUACCUUUGAAUCUUGUCCCAGGUGAAAAAUUUAAAGAACUAAUGGAUAAGUUCCUGAGGGUUAACUUCAGUAAAGGCUGCCCACCCUUGUUUACUACAUUGAAAUCUUUAUAUUACAAUACAGAAAAGGUUUCUAUAAUCCAGGAACUUGUUACUAAUUAUGAAGCUUCUCUUAAAAAAUGUGAAUUUUUUAGCCCUUAUGAGAAUGGGGAAAAGGAACCCCCAACAACACUACUCUGGGUUCAGUAUUUCCUGGCACAGCACUUUGAUAAACUUGGACAGCACUCAUUGGCUUUGGAUUAUAUUAAUGCUGCAAUUGCUAGUACUCCAACUCUAAUAGAAUUAUUCUAUAUGAAAGCAAAAAUUUACAAGCAUAUAGGUAAUCUCAAAGAAGCUGCAAAGUGGAUGGAUGAAGCACAGUCUUUGGACACAGCUGACAGAUUCAUCAAUUCCAAAUGUGCAAAAUAUAUGCUUCGAGCAAAUAUGAUAAAAGAAGCAGAGGAAAUGUGUUCCAAGUUCACAAGGGAAGGAACGUCUGCCAUGGAAAACCUGAAUGAAAUGCAGUGUAUGUGGUUUCAGACUGAAUGCAUUGCAGCUUAUCAGCGUCUGGGCAGAUACGGGGAUGCCUUGAAGAAGUGCCAUGAAGUAGAAAGGCAUUUUUUUGAGAUAACCGAUGAUCAAUUUGACUUCCAUACAUACUGCAUGAGAAAGAUGACCCUCCGUGCCUAUGUUGACCUUUUGAGGUUAGAAGAUAUACUCAGAAGACAUGCUUUUUAUUUCAAGGCUGCUAGAUCAGCGAUUGAAAUAUACUUGAAAUUGUAUGAUAACCCUUUAACCAAUGAAAGCAAACAACAAGAAAUAAAUUCAGAAAACCUGUCAGCCAAAGAAUUGAAGAAAAUGCUUAGCAAACAGAGACGAGCUCAGAAAAAAGCUAAAUUAGAAGAAGAGAGAAAGCAUUCGGAAAAGGAACGUCAACAGAAAAAUCUAAAGAAAAAAAGAGAUGAUGAUGAAGAAGAAGCCAGUGGUCUCAAGGAGGAACUCAUACCUGAGAAAUUAGAAAGGGUAGAGAACCCAUUAGAAGAAGCUAUCAAGUUCCUUAUACCUCUUAAGAAUCUUGUUGCCGAUAACAUUAACACUCAUCUAUUAGCAUUUGAAAUAUAUUUUAGAAAAGGAAAGUUCCUACUGAUGCUGCAGUCUGUCAAACGUGCUUUUGCUAUCAACAGCAAUAACCCAUGGUUACAUGAAUGUUUAAUUAAAUUUUCUAAAUCUGUAUCGAAUCAUAGUAAUCUUCCAGACAUUGUGAGCAAAGUUCUAUCUCAAGAGAUGCAGAAAAUAUUUGUCAACAGGGAUUUGGAAAGUUUUAAUGAAGAUUUUCUCAAACAUAAUUCUACCUCUCUUCAGCACCUACUUUCAGGUGCCAAAAUGAUGUAUUUCCUGGACAAGUCAAGGCAAGAGAAAGCAGUUGCUAUAGCCACUAGACUGGAUGAAACUAUAAAAGAUAAAAAUGUAAAGACUUUAAUAAAGGUUUCCGAGGCACUGCUUGAUGGCAGCUUUGGGAACUGUAGUUCCCAAUAUGAAGAGUACAGGGUGGCCUGUCAUAACCUCCUUCCUUUCACACCUGCUUUCCUGCCUGCUGUGAACAAAGCGGACAGUCCUGCUGCAGCGCUGAAGCACACUGUGAACUCCGAGGUGUUGGCAAAUGAGAUGUGAAGUCUCACGGAAGAGUGACGCAGACAUGGAUCAGGGUGUCCUUGCCAGGGUACAUUUUAAUAUAGAUGUGAAAUGCGAUGUUUGGGUUGAAUUUUUAAAUGGAGUAUUCUGUAAGCUCGUUUUAUUCUUUGACCUUGCCACUUACAUAAAUGUCUGUUAAGAUUACUGUUUGUACUUGUAUAGUUUUUCUUAAAACUCAAAUUAUCAGCUUCGUGAUUGUUAUAGGUUAAGUUAUAUUGAAUCCUGGUGUAUUUUUUUCUUUAGACUCUGGUUUCAGGAUGUGUGUUUUGAUCCCUUGUCUUGCUGUUUUGUUACUGUUUAUUUCUUUCAAGGUGUUAACUGUUAAAGUCAGUAUGAAGUUGCUCUUGGCAGAUACUGAAAUUUAAGUCUCCCCUUUUUCACCUUAAUUUUUCAUGACUCACCAUUUCCUUUGUAGCAUCCAUGACAGUGACACAAGGGUACUCCAGUUUUACGUAGAUUGAGAAUGUGAAAAUUUGGUUUCCCUUCUUAACCAUAGAAAGUCACUGGUGACUUUUUUGCAUAUUUCUUGCUCACAGGUUGCUUUGAGUGUUAGUAAGUAGUUUAUACUGAGAGGUCUGCUUCAAGGGUGCAUAAAAGAGCAGACUACAAAUUAAAACGAAGCUUUAUUAACUUAUAGCUAUGUUAAAUGCAUUUUUAUAUCUUAGCAAGAUGAGAAUUUAAAUUGUCAUUACUUUGACUAGUAAGACAUAAUAUUGUUGAACAGUAUUUUGAGGAUUUAAGGACAGUUAGCUUUUUGUUGGAUCUUGUACAGAAAACAAUGGAGUUACUGAUUAAGUUUUAACUGUAAAUAUGUCUAUAAUGUUAAUGCACCCCUUAUAGGCAAAUAUAAUUCAAAAAGGCAGAUUUUAUUUAGGCAAAUAUUCUAAUUGGAUUCCCUUCACCCUUAUCUGUUUAGAUUCAAAAGUGUUAAAAGGGAAAAAAGCCUCACUGUAAAAUAAUGCCAACCUAGAAAAUGCUUGAAUAAAUUAUUUUGUACACAGUU